AUGAUUUAAUCUUUGAUCUUGGUCAUUAACACUCAAUCUACAAUCAAUAAUCCGACAAUAAUUGCAGUUAAUGAAAGCACUCUUUACCCCGGAAUCAACCUAGACCAAAGAUCUUUUAACUUUUAUUAAUUCAAAAUACCUAAUAAAACUCAAGCUUUUCUCAAUAAUUCCCAACUUUAUAUUCGUGUUGACUAAGAUGACGCCACUUCAGAUCCUGACUUAUUCAUUUCUAAGGCUGAUAGUGAUCAGUACUGUGUUAGAUCAGGAUAGAAUGUCUGCUUCUUAAAGAAGAAUUCAUAUCGUGUUAAUGACACAAUCUAUUUCAGCAUUAGAUGUAUUAAUUAAUGUACUUAUACCCUCAGAGUCGCUUUCUCACAAAUACAAAAUGUAACUGACGGAGUUUCAAGCUAAAGGGUUACCUUUGACGGUCGUUCUGCAAAUAUCUAUCAGUUCUUAAUACCUGAUAAUUCUUAUGAUGGCCCGACCUAAUCUAUCUAAUUCUAGGUUGAUACAUAUUCACUGUAGAAUUAGAUUGACAUCUUCUUCUGCUUGUCAGAUGAUCUUUCUUAAAUGGAGGAAAGAUUGACAGAUGUAAUUACUGAUCUUGGAAAAUCUAUGAAGUUUACCUCAGAUGAGUAUGGUUUUUGCACUAGCUGUUUGGUUUAUUUCGUAGUUAGUGUGAAAUCAGCGAAUAACUACUUCAUAAGUGGAAAAUCUACUUCAAGAAAAGAAAUUCUUCCAGACUAGGUUCAAUACUCCAGAUCUAUAAAUUACUUCGAAAGGGAGUGUUUUGCCUAUUUCGUAUAAAAGGCAACAAAUGAUGUUAUUUUCAAUGUAAAACAGCAAUAAGGUGAUAUUGACUUGACUCUUGUAAUCAGAAAUCCUAGAAAUACUUCAUAAGAAAUUGCAAUCUUCCAAUCUGAAGUAUAUACUUAAAGGGGACUUAUCUCAAGAGCUCAGGAUAGAAAUAGACUUAAUUUUUCAACAGGUUUUAUGUACCUCUGUGGUAUGCCUUAUUCAGACUCAAACAUAUAAAUUUUAGCAAACUAAAACUUUUAAUUUUCAAGAUUCGAUGCUUUAGAUGACACUCUUUAUACUUAUAUGAUGGACUCUAAUGAAUAUGUAUACUAUAGGUAUACUAGUCCUUAUCUCACCACCUAGAGAUUGAUAUAAGUUACACUGUAAAAUUUUAACUUCAAUUCAGCUUAGCCAAGAAUUUUCUUUAGAGUAUGCCCCUCACCAAAUCCAGAAGAAUGCUUUUUAUCUGACUAAUUAGCAAGAGGAUUUUGGGAUGGUGACGUUAUUCUUUAAGAGAUAUUCAAUUCAUCAAACUAGCAGAAUAUCAAGGUCGGAUACAUCAAUCAUAAUCCUUAAGCUUGUUCAAAUUAAUAAUCCUGCUACUAUUUGAUAUCAACAUUGAACACAGACUUUGGUGGACUGCAGAAAUUUACAUUCAGGAUUAACUUGGUCAACAUUGAUCCUAUUCCUCUCUAAUUAUUUCAAACAUAUUAAGAUGUUGUCAACUAAGGGUAGUAUAUGUAUUUCUAGGUAAUAUUUUGGCCAAACUAAAUUAUCAAUAUGAACAUUUCAACGAUUUCAUUCAAUUUGACCUCGUUCAACGGGAAAGCUGAUCUCUUAAUGUCUACUGCAAAUAGAAAUCCAACAAUAAAUAGCAAUGACGCGACAAGAAUAAGAUCAAACUCUCCUUGGACCUCAAUAGAAUUCAAUGCUUUAGGGAAAAAUUUAUCUAUCACUAAUUUAUAUGUGGCUGUAUACUCUACAAUUAGAACAAGUUUUCAGUUGAGAGUUAAUGUAGAUUUUCAAAUACCCACGCCUCAAUUCAUCUAGAAUUAAACUUUUAAUUAAAGCUAGACAACUCCUGCUCCAAUAUAACCUGCAACAACUUAAGCACCAGUUACAACAAUAAAUCAAACCACAAAUAACCAAACUAGAGCUCCUAAUGCCACAACUGGCCCCAACAGAACAAAUACUUCUAAUUCAACUAGCACCAAUAAUACAAAUAGUACAACCAACUCAAAUAAUACUAAUCAGACUUAAUAGCCAUCUUAAGUUAAUUCGACAACAAUAACUGAAAAUUCGAGAAGAUAAAAUUUCUAACUAAAUCAAAAUUUUACUGAUAUAGUAUUGACUUACAUUCCAUCACCUAAUAAUGCAAAGCAAAUUCACUUUUCUCCUUUUAUUGAAUCCAUGACAUAAAAUUCUACUUUGGUAUUCAAUGUGAGUUAUGGUAAUUAAAACUGGAAUAACAAUAGUGUCGGUUUAUCACUUUCUCCAGAAAAUUAUACGUUCUUACCGAAUGUAAAUUUCACAAUUAGGUUCCGAUCUGACUUUUCAAAAGUCAAUAGAACUUAACUUUAGGUCUAGAGUAUGAGUAAUAUCCAGAAUGUUUCUAACUUGACUCAAAAGUUAGCUCAAAUCUAGGUUAAUAUUUUCUUAAAUUUCAGGUUUGGAAUUUUCAGUUAUAACUAAACAGCUAGAUUCAUAGAAUAUACCCAACUUGGUUAAUCAUAUGAAGGUUUCGCUAAUAACUCAUAUGUAUUAUUCAAGCACCUUCUAAUGGAUAUAAAUGGUUCUUAUUAAUUCUAAUUGUUUAAUUAAGUGGGCAGACCUUACCUAUUACAGAAAAAUGGCGCAUUAAUUCUAUAAGAGUAUGAUUAUGAGGAUGAUACAACCUUCGAUUUUGCUACUAACUCUGUUGAUGAUGAAGAUACAAUUUAAUUGUCAGUUACUAAAUUUAUGAGGGAUAAUGCAAACUUUAAGUGCAGGAAUUCUUCUUAUCCUCUAAGAGGGGGAAACGAAAAUUGCACAAUGUUUAUUGCAGUUUAAUGCAAGUCAUUUUGCUCUUUUAGAUUAACAAUAAAUCUACCUGAAGCAUCUAAAAGAUCCAUAGAUAUACCAUAGUUAUUCAGAGAAAAUGAGCAAUUAUUUGGGGUAGUCAACAACAAAAAAAUAAAUUAUUAUUUCACUCCAUUUAUGAGAGGACAGCUAGCGAAUUCAGCAGUUAUAUUGAAGAGAGGAAUUAAUGAUUCUACUGCUUUAGUUGGUAGAGUAGUUAACACUGGAUAUCUGCCUUAUUUUAACUGGAGUUUCCCCAUUCUGACUUCAAAUGAUUUUAUUUCUAGGACUAAUGCUAGUAGCAUUGAACUAAUAGAUCUUAAUAGUCAGAUGCUUUUAAGCAGAUGUACUCCAAACAGCAGUUGUAUUUUGAUAAUUGGAGUUAUAGGUCUUACUAAUUAAUCAUCUUUUUAUGAUAUCCAAUUCUUUAGCAGUUCAAAUAGAAUUUCCAAUACCACUCUUAUAUCUGGAAUCAUCCUUCAAGCAAAUACCUUGAAUUAUACAUGGUUCAUUGUAAAUACAACGAAUAGUGCAAGAUAAUAAACAUAGUGGAAGCAUUUAAUAACCUCAACUGCUUCAUCAACUGACAAGGAAGUAGAUAUAUUUAUUUCAGUUUUAGAUGGUGACCUUCCUAAUCCUGCAAAUUUCGACUUCAAAGGAGAUAGAAUAGGCAAUGAUGCAGUAGUUAUAUCAUCCGAUCUAAGUAUGUUUAAGUAAAUAAACCGAGAGAAAUUGAUGGUGAUCGUAGGUAUUAGGGCUAGACAAUCAAACACUACUUUUGAGUUAAUGAAUUUCGGACCUAGCAGUUAUGAUUCUAAUUUCAUUAAUUUCACUGACAUAACUGUUGGAGGCUUGAAUCAAACUUAUGUCCUACCCUCUAGAAAUCAAAGGUCAGUCAAUAAUUACAGAAUUUUAAGAUUUUUCAACUAUGGAAGCUAAGAUCUGUUAUUUAACAUCACAAAUCUAGAUGGUUAAGUGCAAGUGAUGGCUAAUAGAAAUAACUUUAAGCACAAUAAAGUGAAUUCCUACUUUAAUGUUCCUCUGACUUAGCAACUUUCCAAAAUUUAGCCAUAAACUAUAAACAAAUCACAGAGUUUUAUUGUAAGAGUCAAUCAGAAAGAAAAUACUGACCUUCUUUGUAAUUUCUGUUGGAUAUACUUCUUAGUCUCUCAAACUAAUAUUCUACCUUAAGCCACCUCCACAUUCAUGGUCACUGUUAGAGAUCAAUCUGCAUAAGACUACGUCCCUUAAAUUAAACCUGGAGACUCAUAGUCAUUAUUACUAUCUCUUCCAAAUUUAAUAGUUUAGAGAAAAUUCUAACUUGAUACAAAGGAAUAGAUGUGCUUAACUCUUUUUUCAAACAAUGUCAAUUUCACAGCAUAUAUUUCCUUCACAUCUGAUUAUAUUGGAAAUUAGAGUAUUUGGAAUGCAACUGGGCUGGAUAGAAAGGUAUUCACUCUUAGACAAUCUGAUCCUAACUUCAAUAUUGGAAUGUAUUACUACUUAACUAUUGUUUCAAAUCAAGUAAAUAGUAAUGUUACAUUCAGAUUAGAUCAAAGAAAAACAGUACAGUUAUUGAAAGAUAACUAAAGUUUGAUGGACAGAAUGCUGACACCAGAGGAUUAUAUAAAAUACUAUUACUUUAUUCCAAAUAGUUUCCCUCUUAAUCAAACCAUAAAUAUCAAUGUAGUUCCUCGUACUCCAGGAUUUUAUCCUAGCAUCUAUGUUCUAAGGAAUGAUAUAAUAAAUGGAACUGUAAAUUUCAGAAAUCUCAAUUUCCCAACUAUCACAAAAAGAACUUACUUCAAUGAAUCUUAAUUUUUUAAUGCUCAGAGCAAGAGUUACAGCUUAUCCUUUAAUCAAACAGCAGUGAAUAUCACUGUUUAGGUUACCGUUAUAACAUAGCAAAAUUAUACAUAAAAUUAGACUAUUCUUGUAAACGUUACUAUGAAUGUAACUAAUUCAACAACAAAGAAAAACCAAACUGUUACUGUACUCCAAAAUUAAACAGUUCUUGUUAAUCUGACCAGAAAUUUGACAACUAUUCAGAAUCAAACCGUAAUUAAUCAGACUUAUUACACUGUUGCAGUAUAUUGGAAUAAUUUUGGAUUGAGUGAUGUUUAAAGAGCUGAGUGGGAGAUAUUUUACACAUCAAAUAGUCUAGCUAGAAAUGUAUCAGUCUAGUUAAAUGCCAUUCCUUAGGUCUAAUAGUUUUCAGCAUAAGACCUCUAAGAUACAUCCCUUAGAUAAAGACUUUUCAAGUAGCUUCAGACCUUCAAUAUUAUAAGUCUGGAUGGUUCAGGGCAUAAAAAGAAAAUCUUUGAGUUAUGA